AAUCUAUAGCAGGAAGAGAGAGGAACUCAAACGGAACGGAGAGUUUGGUUUUGAAUCAAUCAAACUAAAUUCCGUAAUCUACAAACAUCUACAUUAACAUGGCAGAUCCGAAGGUGAGUUUAUGAGUUUUGAACAUAGUUAUCUGCCGUGCAUUUAAUUCAAUGUACAUUUAAUUUCAAUUGUGAUGUUUUGAUUGGCAUUCUCAAAGUUUAUCUUGCAAGGGUUGUGCCCGGGAAGGUAAUGCCGGCUAAGGAUGCUGAUUUUUAACAACCUCGUUAAACAUCUAUUAGAGGUCUAAAGUGUAAAUCGGUCUCAAAACAAUAACUUACUGACAAUGGUCAAUCAGUUAUGCCUUUGUUGUAUGUGUCCAAAGUGUCAGAAAAGUGGACAUCUCGGUACUUUUGCCGCCCUUUAUAUCUGCUCCAAAGCUAACUGGCUGGCUAGCUAACUAGCCAACAUUAGCCAGCUAGCUAACAGAUAUAAUCAAAGUUUUAGCUCAUUGUUCUGCCUGUGGUAUAAUCGUGUAACCACUGCUUUCAAAAUGAUCAUUUAAACCCAACAUGUAUUUGUUUGAGAUAUUAAUGUACAAUAUUUGGCUUUGAAACUAGUUGUCUGUUAUUCUGAUAGUAAUUGUUAGCCAGCUGGCUAACACGUUAACUAACAAAAGCCAGUUAACUCGCUAACGUUAGCUAGUUAACGUUAGAAUCUUUUUAAAUUGCAGUAUUGUAGAAGUGUCCUGAGCUUACAAUAUUUGUUUGCAUUUAUUUAACAUAGUGGGUAAUUGCAUUUAACUAGGUAUGUGUCAUUGACACGAUGGCUAAACCUAUUCAUCUCUAUUUAACUAACUUGCUAGCUUGGUGCUUUUCUGAAUGGCCUAGCUUACGUUAGCUGGCUGGCUUGCUAACUCCAGGCCGAAAGAAAUGUCAACUUUCUCAGUGCUUGUUUACCAUUUAGCUAGCUAGAAAUGAUGUAAACAUUGACAUGCUGUCGGAGUUAUGGCACUGUUAGCUAUAUAACCAAGCGGAUAACUUCAUUAGCUAACGUAACAAGACAACGAUUGAGAUGACUUGCUAGUUAGCUAGUCUUGGAUGGAGACAUGUUGCUAUCGAAGUUUUAGCUAGCCAUACAGUAACGUUACUCAAAAGCAGCCUCGCGCCCCUUACAUUUUGUUCAGGCAGCGAAGGUUAAUCAAUUAAUCUUACGGCAGUAUCUAGCAAGAUGGCUUGCUGAUAUUCAUGUGAAGUUAGUUUUUUGGUAGCUGACUGUAAAUGUGGCUAACUCUCAUGUACAAACAGCACUAACGUUAGCUACUAGUUUAAGUUGGGCCUAGUUGUCCAGCUAACAUAAGUUAUUGUUUUGUGAUUAUUGUCCACUUGCUUCACUUUUAUCUCUUCCUCUCGUGAUGAGCGUUUUUAUGUAUUGUUAGGCAAUAUUACCAUAUUCUGUAGUAAGUGUGAGAUCAUAUGGAGUUACAAGGUCUUUUGUAAAGCCAUCCAGCAGCAAAGAUGCAUGGCUCAGCACCAGCACCACUAAGUUCAGUUGCCACAGCAAAUUGCACACAAAGGAUAACCUCCAAAGCCUGAUCUCUCAAAUCCCUCUAUUCACAUCCCUCUGCAGUUAGUUGGUGGAGCCUACUGUUUUUACAGUCUAAUACAUUGACUAGUAAAGUACAUUUUACUAACUUGAAACGAGAUGACAAUCCAGGUGAAACUACAAGCCCACCAAAAUUUGAGGAUGAUUUUUAAUGAAAGCCAAAUGCUGUCCUUAAAACCCAUAAGUGUCUAAGGGGGGCGGGGGUUCUACUAAGCUAUAUGGAAUUGUUUUAAUAAGGUCAUACCAAGGAUCAUUUUGCUAUUUGAUUUUGAAUUUCAAGACCCCUUGAAGUAUCAACAAUUAUUUGAUGAAAAAAUGAAUUUUGUGUUACUGCUAUUAGCCCAUAUAAACACAUUGAAUAACAUAUUCACUACAUGGAACAACAGAUAGUCCCCCCCAAAUUAUCUAUCCUAUAUCAGAGAGCUACAGUAAAACAAAGAUCAGGAUUUUUAUUUUACAAGUAUUUAAACCCGUAUUGUUCUCACUAAAGUCUCCAUAUAUACGUCCAUAAAUUUUUUCUACUGGUACUGGGGGACCUUCAGACGAGUCUUGAGGCCUGUGGGCAUCCUAGAGCAAAACAAGUGACAUGUAUGUGUUAAAGAUGUCUCACCUUUACACAGAGGGGUCAUGUUAGUGUGUAGGCCAAAACAUGUUAGUGUGUAGGCCAAACUGUUUUCGGACACUUCAGACAGAAGUUGCCUGUACUGACUUUAGACAAGUACCAAGAUGCGUGUGGGGAUCGUAGAGCAAAAUGGAGAACGCCAUCGUGAGAGUCGUCUUUCCAUAGAGGUGUCAUAAAAGUUUGUAGGCUAAACCGUUUGGAAGCAACAGACAAUUUUGUGAGAAGACCAAUUUUAGGGAUGUCUAAUGGUCUGACAAACACUCUAGCUCUGUCACCUUUCACGGCGUAAGUGUUACAUAGGCGGAUGCGGUCGAUUUGAGAUGCAUCCAAUGCAAAAAAUAUAUCACAUAUCUCUAGCUUAAACUGACAGAUUUUUAUGGGCAUUUUUAAAUUUAGCUAAUUAGAUGUCUGCGGGGGGGACAUCGACCUUAGUGGGUUAACGUGUUUGGAAAUCUUUUUUCAUAGGAAACGCCAGAAGAGCAGGAGACUUCAACAGACAAUGCAGAAGAAUCAAACCACGAUCCCCAUUAUGAGCCCAUCGUGUCUCUUCCAGAGCAGGAUGUGAAGACUCUAGAGGAGGACGAGGAGGAACUGUUCAAAAUGUAAGCUGAUGCUGAAAGCUUUCAAUAGCCUAAAUCAUUGUGCAAUACACAAUUUGUAAUUCAUUCAGGGCCGAAUCCUGAUAUCGAACUUCUAAAUGAGUAGAAUUUUCACUUAGCCAUGCACUGUCGUCCGGGUUUGGCAGGUGUAGGCCGUCAUUGUAAAUAAGAAUUUGUUCUUAACUGACUUGCCUAGUUAAAUAAAAAAAGAACAUUAUUUAUUUAUUUAUUUUACUUAAGUGGAAGUUAGGAUUCGGCUCAAGUGUUAUGAAACCAUCCAGCCCUGUCAGGGCUCUACAGUGCGAACAUUUUACUCUCCAAUGCUCCUAAAUAGUUUGCUGUGCGGCCUGGAUUUUUUUGUGUGGACCUAAUACGCCUAGAAAAAGUAUUACCUCAAAUAUUUUUCACAGUGCUCCUAAAUUUCUUUGUGUGUGCCUACAUUUUUCAACUUAGGCACACACAUGCUCCUUGUAAAAAAAGGUUGGCAUAGAGCCCUGCCUCUGUCACCCAGGUAUUGUCACUGAUUCCAUCCAAAGCUUCAUCAUUCUACCCAUAUUGUCUCGCCCCACAGGCGUGCGAAGCUCUACCGUUUUGCCUCUGAGAAUGACCCACCAGAGUGGAAGGAGCGCGGCACAGGCGACGUCAAGCUCCUUAAACACAAAGAGAAGGGCACCAUCCGCCUAUUGAUGAGGAGAGACCGGACCUUGAAGAUCUGUGCCAAUCACAACAGUGAGUCACAGAAGGCUUCCUGUCUCAACCAGUAGUGUUUAUCACUGCUGUCUAGUGUGUGUCAGACUGGUGUGUGUCAGACUGAAACCUUUCCAUUAACCCAUGCAUGUUGCCUGUCCACUGAAUUACCAUUCUAAGUAUGAGAUGAUAGUGAGGUAUAAGCAAAACAAGUCAUUGUAUAGAUAUGUGACUCUAUGGGUCAGUGGCCUAAUUCCUUUUCAUCUUCUGCUCUUUCAGUUUUCCCUGUGAUGGAGCUGAAGCCCAACGCUGGCAGUGACAGGGCCUGGGUAUGGAACACACUCGCUGACUUCGCUGAUGAGCAUCCCAAACCUGAACUCCUGGCAAUCCGUUUCCUCAAUUCAGAAAGUGAGUGCGACAACAUGUCUAUUUUAGUCACUGCGUUUAGCUUUUAACAAUUCAGUCGGCUUCUCAUACAGAAAGUGUGGAUGGGGUUUAAAAUAACUUCUGUACUUUUCAGACGCUCAGAAAUUUAAGGUGAAGUUCGAUGAAUGCAAGGAGGAAGUCAGAAAAUCUCAAGAUGGAUCAGGUUGGUGUGCAAUUCUUUUUUCCACAUUAUCUUUCAUAGUCAGUAUGCAGACAAUACUCUGUUCCCUGCCGAUCACUCCAGCCUGGAACUUUUUAUGUCUGCUAAAUUAACAUGCAGAAUGUAACAACUCGCUGGCCUACUGUUAGGCUAAUGUUGGUACGUUCUGGCACACUUAGAAUUGUUUUCUCUGCAAUGUUAAUUACAAAGAACAACCAUUGUUCAGCAGGUCACAUGUUAAGCACUACCCAGUAGAUUAACUUUACGUAAUGUAUCAGUGGAACGAGAAGUCUUGUGAAACACUCAAGCUGGAAUAUUCUUAGUCAUUCAAAUGGCAGACAUCCCCAAUGCCCUAAAACAAGCUCUUACAUGAAGAAGACUGUUACUGUUGAUGUGUAGCCACCGUGCUUCUACAUCUGCAUUGCUUGCUCUUUGGUGUUUUAGGCUGGGUUUCUGUAUAAGCACUUUGUGACAUCUGCUGAUGUGAAAAGGGCUUUUAUAAAUACAUUUGAUUGGCCCCAUCUUAGCCAUCCUGUUCGCUCGUACAUUGGGCCACCAUGGCACACCACACUUACAAUCUCAUCUUUCUGUACUUUUCUGCAGGAGAAAACAUUGACCGCGCAAACAAAGUGGCAGAGAAACUGGAGGCACUAUCUGUAAAGGACGACAAGACCAAGACACCAGAGGAAAAGAAAGAGGAUCAAAGGGAGGAAAAAGCAGCAGCAGAAGAGAAGAAAUGAAUCCAAGUGAACUUGCUUUACUGAUCUUCAACGUGUCUUUUUCCUUUUUUUCUACCAUAGACUAAAGAAACUGAAUUUGGACUCUUGCAUAUUGAUUUAUUUAGUAGUUUUUUUUAAAUGAUUUGUUUGCCUGGAGAGAUCGCAAGACCUUGGUGCCACUCUAAAAAAAAAGUAUCCAUUCAUUAAAAUGUGCCGCUCCCCACCCGCC